UCUGAGAGCUGUCGGUGGUUCCUGUGUCGGUGGUUCGGUGAGGAUCAGCUGUAACGGGACUGUUUAAAGAUGCUGAUGUUUCUGCUCCUCGUUUUCGUUUCCCAGCAUGCCUCAGGGCUGGAAGUAGAGCAGGGGGUUGAGUCUGUCCUGCUGCCCUGUCAGGUACCAGUUAAUGUUUCCAUGAGCUCCACAGCAGCAGUGUGGGACCAAGAGGAACUGACGAGGCCAAUGGUUCAUGGACGUGUGAAGAGUGGUGAUGAUCUUUCUCUUCAAAAUGAUCGUUACACCAACCGAACAUCAAUGAGAGCCGACGCUCUGCAGACUGGAGACCUCAGCCUUACUCUGAGGAACCCCACAGUCUCUGACAGUGGAACCUACACCUGCACCGCCCGCAAGCAAGGACAAGAGCUGAGCCGGACUGAAGUCCAGCUGAAGGUCACAGAAGCUCCUCCAGUCUGGCCCAAAGUCCUCUCAGGUGUCCUGGGUACUCUUCUUCUCCUGACUCUUCUCUGUGGUCUCUGUGUGUAUUUUGAACAUAAAAGGAUGAAGCAGAGUGAAGUUCCUCAAAGCGAGUUUGUGGAGGUGACACAGGGGGUGAAGUCUGUCCUGCUGCCCUUUAAAACUACACCUGACCUUUCUGAGGACGUCACAGUGGAGUGGACUCGCACUCAACCCAAACUCAUGACGGUCCACGUGUAUGAGAGAGGAAACAAUCAGCCACAUAAACAAGACCAGGGCUACAGAGGUCGCACAGAGAUGAAGGAAGAUCCGCUGAGAACUGGAGACUUCAGUCUGACCCUGAAAGACUUCUACCUCACUGACAGUGGAUUCUACACCUGCACCGUCUACAACAAGGAUGGAAACGUGCUGCUACAGAAAUCAGUGACUCUCGCUGUCAGAGUUCCUCCUCCAGAGUGGGUGGAGGUGUUGGUAGUGACCGAAGGAGAGGAGUCUGCCCUGCUGCCCUUUAAGACCACACCUGACCUUCCUCAGGAUGUCAGAGUGGAGUGGGCUCUCACUGAACCACAACAAAUGAAGGUCCACGUGUAUGAGAGUGGAAACAGUCAGCCAGAUAAACAGGACCAGGAUUACAGAGGUCGCACAGAGAUGAACAAAGAUCCACUGAACACUAAAGACCUCAGUCUGACCCUGAAGGAUCUCCACCUCACUGACCGUGGAGUCUACACCUGCACCAUCUACAACAAGGAUGGACUCAUGCUGCUACAGAAAUCAGUGAUACUCAGUGUCAGAGAUGCGGAGCACCGACGUGGAGGAGACUAGGGUGCCUUGGUGGUGGGAUCCUUUGCGUGUACACACCUGCCUUGUUUAGUUUAUUAGUGUGAGUGUGUGAUAGUGUGCUGCACUUGUGUCUUGGUGUGUUUUCUUUUUAGUUGGUUUGUGUCAUCCCUGCCCCUCCACUGGUAAGCCUCAGCUCUGAAUACCUUUUUAAGCAUAUUUGUACAUGGAUAUUUAUGAUUGUGCUUUUAUACGGUGUUUUAAAUAAUUAUUAAUAAAUUGUCAACUUGUUUAUCAUUGAA